AUGAACUUGUUGUUGAUGAUCACUGCUUGUUUGGUCCUGAUCGGUACAGUGUGGGCAAAGAAAGGUUAUCUGGUGGACAGGGAGACGGGCUGCAAAUACGAUUGUUUGAUAUCGGGACCAAGUCGUUACUGCGAAAGCGAAUGCAAAUCGAAGAACCACGGAGGUGGUUGCGGCUAUUGUAGGCAAAACUAUUGUAUUAAAGGCUAUUGUUUUGCAUGCUGGUGCGCAGGUUUGCCCGAAAGUACACCGACUUGGCCCCUUCCUAAUAAAUCAUGCAGCACAAAAUAUCUUCCUGAAUAUAGAGAAGAUAAAAAAAUAGAAAAAACGUCUUUUACUCUUUAUCAACUGAUAUAUUGUGAAAAUUAUUAA